AUGCAGCACAAGAUGGACCGACAGCGGCGCGUGUACACGGCGGCGGCUGUGCGCAACCUCUCGCCGACCGCCAGGCGCCACGAGAACAUGCAGACGGCCUUUGGGUUUGGCUGCGACGUCGACCAACACAUCAAAUAUGGCAAGUGCCUCGAUGGGCAGUGCAUGCGGCGCUCGGGAUGGGAAAUCGAGAAGCUCGCGCUCGGUUCGCAGCGGUUCACCGAAAAGGACUUGGCGCUGCACCACGCGUGCGCGACAAAGAAUGAGUUUGCCGUCGCGCAUCUCUUGAGCCUUGCGCCAAGUCUCACGUCGCGCAACGCGCAGGGCCAGACAGCACUUCACGUGGCCUGCGCCGUCGGCUCGAGCACAAUGGUCGAGCGCCUCUUGGUCUACCACGCGUCAUCCGACGCCGCGAUGGACCUCAACGCCCAGGACGCGCAAGGCAACACGUGCUUGCACGCAGCCGCGGCCGCCAAUGCGCUUGACAUUGUCCAGCGGCUCGUGGCCGCUGGGUGCACGUGGAGUGUGACCAACCACGAUGGCAAGGUCGCGGCCGACGUCGCCGGGCAUGACCAGCGCAUCUUCUUUUUCCUACGCCAGAUCGCGGCCGCACACGAUCUCAACGACAAGCUUGUGACGCUGCACGCGCGGGCCGCCUCGGUGCACGCGUCCCGCGACGUGGCAAUGCGCGACAUUGCGACGUGGGCACUGCGCACGCGGCAGCAGCGACUCGACGCUUCGCUGACCUAA